AUGACCAUGUUCUAUCUACUGAUUAUUCUAAUGUUUUUUAUCCAAUCAGUUGUCUCUCAAAACGCCAAUGAUAAAUUGAUAGCAUGCUGUGCUCAUGAUCCACAAAUUGAUCCUGGAUGUGCGGCAAAGUACUGUAACUUCCCGAACAUCAAUCAGUUCAUGGUUCUUCCAUUUAUAGCUGAAUGUGGUCCAAAGGGGAAUACAGUAUCCAGAGUUUGGGAUUGUAUCAGUUCUAAACAUGAUCACACUCAGUGCUGUACAAACCAGAAUGUUCUUCCCUUGUGCCGUGCCUUCUGUAACGCCUCCAAAGCUGUACCAACCGAUAUGCUGAAAUACGGAUUCUGCACUUCGGAAUUCGACAAAUACCGUCUCUGUUUCCGUACCCAUUUGAAACAUCAUAAUGCUAUUCGACAGUAA